AAAGCCCCGCGGGCGAGCGCAGCAGCUGCGAGCUUCCGAGCCGGAGCCCCGCCGCCUCCCCGUCCAGCCCCCGCGAUGCAGCCCGGCCUGUGAUCAGCGCCGACGCCCGGACGCUCCGCCGCACAACUACCUCAGAGCCCCCCGGCCGCCGCACCGCCCCCUCCCCCAGGUGAGUCUCUGGAGACGGGGUCCCCUUCUGUGGCCUUGACCCUCACUCUGUACCUUGGAGUCCCAGAGCCCAAUAAAGUCACUGCCUCCCAGCUCUUUAGACCACAGAAAGGUUUCUACACUGCCGUAGGACGCCCCCCUGAGGCCGUUUCAUCCCCGGCCAUGUUCCAGCGCCUCACCAGCCUCUUCUUCAGUAACCCCCCUCCCCCCGAGGACCCCGAAUGCCCCCUAGCCUUGGUCUCCGAGGAGGAUGAAAUGGACGGCUGGCUCAUCAUUGAUCUGCCGGACAGCUACGCGGCUCCACCCAGCCCCGGGGCCGCCCCUGCCCCCGCAGGCCGCCCCCCGCCCGCGCCCUCCUUGAUGGACGAGAGCUGGUUUGUUACCCCUCCCGCCUGUUUUACUGCAGAGGGGCCCGGACUCGGGCCCGCCCGCCUCCAGAGCAGCCCCCUGGAGGAUCUCCUCAUCGAACACCCCAGCAUGUCCGUUUACGUCACCGGCAGCACCAUAGUGCUGGAGCCUGGGCCCCCCUCCCCGCACCCCGACGCUGCCCUGCCUGACGGCGACCUUAGCGAAGGGGAGUUGGCGCCCGCCCGCCGCGAGCCCCGGGUCCUGCACCACGCCGCCGCCCCUGGGCCCGCGCGGGCUGCGCUACUGGAGAAGGCGGGCCAGGCGCGGCGGCUGCAGCGGGCCCGGCAGCGGGCCGAGCGCCACGCGCUGAGCGCCAAGGUGGUGCAGCGGCAGAACCGUGCCCGCGAGAGCCGUUCGCGGCGGCCCAAGCACCAGGGCAGCUUCGUCUACCAGCCGUGCCAGCGCCAGUUCAACUACUGAGGGUCCUCCGGCCGAACCACAGACCCCUCGCCGACUCCCGACCCUGUCGGGCCCCUCCGCCGCAGCCAGUGUGUUGCUCGAGGAGCGCCCGCAGCCCACCUGGGUGGGACACUACAACCUCCCUCCUCCUCAAGUGAGGUGGGGUGCUAGCCCCCCUCCCCCCUCGAUUUUCCCACCUCUGAUCCUCUGAUCUGCCUCUGAACCCCCUCCUGUCCUUCACCCUCCGACCCCAAGCCUGGCAUCUAAUCCUCCAUUUCCUUCCCCCUUGACACUCCAUCUUUCCCUCCUUCUCUGGUCCCUGUCCCCAUAUCUGCCUUGACAUUCCCCUUCAUCCUUGCCCUCCGGUCCUGUACCUCUGGCCCACUCCUUGUUCCACUAAUCUCUUCUCCCACA